CUGGUGGGGAUCGCUCCCUCGUGCUGCCCAGGCCUGAUAAAGGAUGUUCGCUUUCUAAACCUCCAAAACCAGUCCUAGGGAGGUGAUUUCCCGGCACUUUCGGUGCCGCGGGGCGGAACGCGUGUCGCGGCGCCGCGUUGCGCGGGUCCGAGUUGUCGGAGGCACCGUGAGGGGGCGGUGCGCGCCGCCAUGGCGGUGGACAUCACCCUGCUCUUCAAGGCCAGCGUGAAGACAGUGAAGACGCGCAACAAGGCGCUGGGGGUGGCGGCGGGGGACGGCGCUAGGGAUGAGCUGCUCAAGCGAGGCGGCGCCCGCUCCAAGAGCGACUUCACCGGCCGCGCCCGCGAGGUGAUUUCUCAUAUUGGAAAGCUGAAAGAUUUUCUUCUGCAACACAGAAAGGAUUACAUUAAUGCUUACAGCCAUGUUAUGUCCGAGUAUGUGAGGAUGACAGAUACGGAGCGUGAUCAGAUAGAUCAAGAUGCUCAGAUAUUUAUGAGGACAUGUGCUGAUGCCAUUCAUCAGCUGAGAACAGAAGCACACAAGGGUGUCCAGUCUGCACAGGUAAAGGAGCAUAGAACAGCUGUCUUGGACUUCAUUGAAGAUUACUUAAAACGAGUGUGUAAGCUGUAUUCUGAACAAAGAGCCAUCCGAGUUAAGAGAGUGAUAGAUAAGAAGAGACUGUCCAGACUUGAACCUGAGCAGAGCAACAUGUCCAAAUCACCUCUUCCCCCUGAAAAAUCUUCACAGAAUCCUUUAGAAGAUUCUGAAGAAAAACUUUCUGCUGAGGAAAGCAAAGACACAAAUCUGCCUGAUGCCCAAAGUAACCUUGGAUUAUGGGGGGACAGCAAAGGUGAGGAUGAGCUGUCACCAGAAGAAAUACAAAUGUUUGAACAGGAGAACCAGAGACUUGUUGGAGAAAUGAAUAAUCUCUUUGAUGAAGUCAGACAAAUUGAAGGAAAAGUGGUGGAAAUCUCCAGGUUACAAGAGAUAUUCACUGAAAAAGUCUUGCAACAGGAAACUGAGAUUGACAAUAUCCAUCAAUUAGUUGUGGGUGCAACAGAGAAUAUCAAAGAAGGCAACGAGGACAUAAGAGAGGCCAUCAAAAACAAUGCUGGAUUUAGAGUAUGGAUCCUGUUCUUCCUUGUGAUGUGUUCAUUUUCUUUGCUUUUCCUGGACUGGUAUGAUAAUUAAUUAAAAAAAUUGUCUACAUGCUUUGUUUGUAAAAUUUUUACUUUUCUUCAGUGGAGUGGGGUCUAUGGCAAACCUGUACGUUUUAUGCGUUUUUCUUCAUGCUGCCAUAAUGGAAAUAUUUUCCAAUAAAUAAGCAUGUGUAUAUAUCCGGUACUGCAGAGGGAGCUUACAGCCCUCACUUGAAAUCCUUUUAUUGAACAUAAACGGACACUUAAUCCUGCAAAGAACAUAAAAACCUUUGAAGACCUGGUAAGAAAGCUACAAGCCAGAGCAUAGCCAGCAGUAAAAAAGAAAACGAUAACGGUUUUAUCGUAGUCAUCCACACAUCUGUGAUAGUCCAGGUCCAGCUCCCAGCCUGCAGACCGGAUCAAGAGAAACUGUUACUGUGCAAAAAAUCAGCUACACUGUCUCAGGCUUUUAUUUAAUCAUACCACUUCAGUACAGGGUGAUCAUUUUGCACAUGUAUGACCUCUACUUCUAAUCCUUUGAAACUAGAGUCGGAUCAGGUUGACUUAAUAAUAAUAAUAAUGAUAAAGCGUCAGCUGAAGAGCUUUACUUCUAGGUGAAAUGGAAGAAUACAACACAAACAGAUUGUGCAAUGAAACAGAUAUUCUGGGAUGUUGGAACAAAGCCAAAGGAUAGGCAAGAGUAAAGCCAAACUCCUCAAAGUUCUAAAACUGGGAGCAAUUUUUAACUAAAAAAAAUCUCAACCCCAGCUGUUGAUCGGAAUCCACAAGCUCACUCCUAUUAAAUUAGAUGAAAAAAUGGUUUUGACCAUUUUUGACAAGCAAACUGUUUUACCUAGACAGUAAACCUUAAUAUUUUCUAAUGUUUAUUGUUAUGAGAAAGAAGUUGUUUCUCAUCAGUAUUUACUUGCGCAUUAAAGCUUUUAUUGUCCUAGAUUUAAGGGGAGGAGAUGUAUCAUGAAUCAUUUCUAUGUGGGACAGUCUUGGGGAAUAAGUCUUUCCAUCUUAUAAAACCUGAAUGUCCUCUGUAAAUAUGUUGAUACGGAAUGUGUUUUGCCCUCCCUCUUCUGAAAUGUCUAUUUCUAUACAUUGUCUGCAACAAGCAGCAUUGUCCUUGUUCUUUACUUUGCACUAAGUGAAAAUGUCAAAAGUUACCCAUGAAUUCAUUGCAUCCAAUAAAACACGUGCCUGUUAGAAAAUACAAACAUGGUACAUUUUGAGUAUCUUAACAUAAGCUUGACAGUUUUAAAUGCAAAGAAAAAUUUGGCACAUAAUUUAUUGCUUUUUAUGCAUUCCACAUGUCCUAAUGACUUAAAAAGCCUUAUACAGAUACUACUGUGUUAAUGCAUAUUUCUAUCAAGCCUGGAGAAUUAUUUUUACUCUGGUCAUAAUAAAGCAAUUCUACUGCAGGAAAAAAAAGUAGAGCUGACCAUGUUUGUUCUGCUACAACUGGAGAAAGGAUCUGGAUCUGGAGAAAGGUCUCAGACUGAUGCUUUCCCUUUAUUUUUGUAUAGUCUUUACCAAAAACAAAAAUGGAACUUUUGACAUGUCCACUACAGCUUGUCCCAGUCAAGUUACAUGAACAGCAAGGGUGACUUUCUGGCCCCGAUGCUUCACACACUUUUGUCUAACUGUUAAAUUAAUAAGUUGCCCUUUUUUGUAAUACAUAUUUAAGAUUUAUAAUAAAAAUGAAAACAUGGUUUCACACAAAAAGUAGAUAAGCCUGUAAUUACAAUGGAACUUUACC